AUGAGGCUACCAUUCCUGUCUUCGAAGGCCAACAACGGCAAGGCCGAGGCGCUGGUGGAGACGAGGAGGAAGGCCGCGGCCGACGAGGAAGAAGCCGACGAGGCCCCGAGGUGGAAGAAGACCGCCACCGGCAAGAAGGCCAUCGCCAAGGCCGAACGCAAGCAGGCCAAGAAGAAGGCCGCCUGGGAGCGCGAGCAGGAGCGGCGGCGCCUCCACGCCCUCGCCCGAUGGGAGAACGUACUGCGUAGCGAGCCCCAGGCAGCCCAGUCUGCCGAGGCCGCGGGAGAAGCUGUGGUGCCUGGAACGGUUCUCAGCGCCAACGGCCGGCUCGAGAACAGCCGUCGCAGCCGAGCUCGACGCAGUCGGCGCUACCUCGACGCCGACCACCUGGACGAAGUCAGCGACACUGAUGAAAGCGACGAAAGCGACGAUAGCGCCGGUAACAACAACAGCAACGCCGAUGGACCGUCGGAACAGACGGCGGUGAUGGGCGGCAACCUGCCGGCCGGCCCGGUCUUCCAGCUGGGGAGCUCGCCCGCGGCGCAGCUGCAUCAGGUGGCGGCCAUGCGGGAGCUGCCGAUGCUCGAGCGCCCCGAGAACGAGACCACGCGGCCGGCCUGCCAAGCCGACGAAUGA